UCGUUCGCCCGAAAUAUUUGUGUUCGCCCGGAAUUUUAAAAGUUAUUGCGAGUUUCGCCCGAAUAAAAUUUCACUUCGAAUCAGGACUGACACUUCGAAUAAUUGACAUGUUCAUAGAGCUGAGCUCGCAAAAAAUUUCCCCAUCUCUGAUAAAAACAGAGAAUGAUAUCCGAACCAACUUUCCCUGUUAAAUAUAAAAACCCAAAUAAAUGUAUGUAGUGCUGCAAUUUCCUGUUAAAAUUGAGGACACCGAUUGUGAAAACACGCUUUAAAAUCCAUUUCCAAUCGAUUUACCUGCAAAAAAAAAACAAUUCAAUCUGUGAAAAUACAAAAUUUCCCUCUCUGUUUCUUAAUAUGUGAGUGUUCGUGUUUAGAAAAUGAACGAACCUAGUGAAGUGUAUUUUUGUUUUGACACCAUCAAGAAUUUAAUAAAGUGACAAAAAUUGUUUUGUGUAUUAUAUUUUUUUAAUUAAAUAAAGAUCCAAAAAAUAAACAAAUUAUGAUAAGCAUUGCCCUUCAAAUGUUGGUGGAGGAAGAAGAAAGGACUGAAGAAAGAGCUGUUCGAAGGUAUUUAAGGGAUAAUUCCAAUCCUUUGGAGUUACGUGAACCAUUUUUCCAGCAGCAUUAUAGAUUAAACAAACCGGCUUUUAAGCUUCUGCUGGACAUCAUAACAAAUGCAGUACCUCCAACGAAACAGAAAUUUGGUAUUCCCCCCAUUGUCAAGCUCGCCGCUUGUUUGCGAUUUUUUGCAGAGGGUGGAUAUCAGAAAGGAGUGGGUAAAGAUUACGAAAUUGGGAUAGCGCAAAGCACUUUCAGUCUGGUACUGUCAGAAGUUCUCGGAAUACUUGAAGAGACUCUUUGUCCUCAGUGGAUAUCUUGGCCAACGCCAGAUGAAGAAAUGGAAAUUGCUCAACAUUUUUAUGCAAAAUACAAUCUACCAGGUGUUAUUGGAUGUAUUGAUGGAACACAUGUGAACAUCAUUUCACCGGCGGUAAAUAAACAUCUAUUUUACAACAGAAUGGGAUCUUGCAGUUUAAAUGUUUUGCUUGUAUGUGAUAACGCGCUCAGAAUUCGUUUUAUUGAUGCUACGCACCCAGGAGCUUGUCACGAUUCUUUUAUUUGGAAUGUGAGUGACCUUAGAUCAAAAAUGGAAAGUGACUAUUUGAGGGACAUCAAAAAUGUUUGGCUGCUGGGAGAUGCUGGGUAUCCCUUAGAGCCGUGGCUUUUGACACCGUACAGAACACCUGAGAGUGGCACACCUCAAGCUAAAUUUAAUGAAGUUCAAUCACGUUGCCGAAAUAUAAUUGAAAGGACGAAAGUUGGAAAAUAG